AUGGAUUAGGUUGAAGAAUUAAAAUAGCAAGAUCAUUUGGAAUAAUAUAUUAUUGUUGGUGAUAUUGGGGGCACUAAUUUUAGAUUGAGGUUGUCAAGAGAAGUUUUGGUACAAGACAAAGUUCAGUACUAUGAGAGUAUAUAAGAACUUGAGUUUCCAGUUAACAAAAGAUAAUUGAAGCAGGUAUUGAUUGCUCAUGCAGGAUAUCAAAAUGGAAAGUUUUACGGAGUAGGCAGGGAUAAAGGAGAAUCGGUUUAACAUAUUUAAGACCAUUAUGAAACUACAAACGUUAGAUUUUUGAACGAUGCAGAGGGUAUGGCUUAAAGUAUAAUCGCUUAGGAAUAUCUUUCAUCGAAAAAUUAAGGCCUAUUUAUUCAGCUAAAACAUUAGGACACUUUGGAAAUCUCCAAUUAACAUUCCAAAGUGAAAUUUUUAUUCAGCAUGGGAACAGGAUUAGGCACUGCAAUAGUUCUCCCAUACCCAAACGGUAAUCCUUCUAGGAGUUUCGUGAAUUCCUCUGAGGGAUGGGCGAGUUUUUGCUCUGUGAAUGAGCUAGAUGAGAGACAAUAGGCUCUUGGGAAGUAUAUGUUCAACAAAAUGAAAACAAAAAGUUCCUUAAUAAAACUUUGCAAAGGACAAGGAAUAUUCCUAUUGCACUAAUUUAUGAAGACUUAACAUCCAGAGCUUGAUACAACUAUUGAAGAUGCUGUAAAAAAGGCUCUAAAAGCAUAAGCAAAAGCUACCAAUAAGAAAGAAAAGGUAAUAAUCAAUAAAUAGGAAUGCAUUACAUAUGCAGCACUUAAUGACUUAGACCCACUUUGUACUAAGACAAUUGACUUUAUGAUAGAAAUAAUAGCAAUCUGCAUAAGAAAAAUAGCUCUCACUACUCUUCCAAUGGGAGGAAUAUUUAUUGGUGGAGGAGUCUCAAAUUAUCUUAGUAGUCACAUUGAGAAGAGGCAAGAUAUAUUCUGGCAGCAUUUUUUGGGGGAAAUGAAUGAAAACUCAUCCUAAUAGCAGCAAUAAGCAGACAUGGACGCCUAAUCUUUUCCUAAUCUGAUACUAAGAUAGAUUCCAAUAUACGUUAUGAGAGAAAACCCUACUUUAGACGGUCUAGAAGCAAUGCUUUUAGAAGAAUAGAAAUCUGAUUGA